UAGACACAAUCCAUGACUGGGACAAUCACACAGGUCUUUUGUGAUUUGAAGUAUGUUUGGCCAGACAUCUAAAAUGUUUCAUCGGGGUGCUAUCACGGUGAGAUGUAACCACGGCAUCAUAAAAGUGACCCUUCCCUCUGUAGGUGUGACCCUGUCCACAUAAUGGCCCAUUGGUUUCACAGAAACCCGCUGAAGGCAACAGCGCCGGUGUCCUUUAACUUCUACGGUGUGGCAGGGAGCCCGGCUGCCAACAAGAUAUGCAAUGACCUGAGGACAACCAGAGUGAGGCUGCUGGAGAUGUUCACUGACUCCACCUGCACCCCAGAGAUCAUGAAGAAUGCCUCGGAUGCAUACUUCUCCCUGCUGCAAGGCUUUAUCAUGUCCCUGGAUGGAACUACACAGGAGAACAAAAUGAGAUUCAUCCAGAAUUUUAAGUGGACUGACACCUUACAAGGAAACAUCCCCAGUGCCCAACAGGAUGCUGUCUUUGAACUGGUCUCUAUGGCCUUCAAUGUAGCCAUCUGGUACACCAAGUUUGCCUCGAAACUAGCUGGGAAGGAAAACAUAACGGAGCCUGAAGCCAAGGAUGUUCACAAGAGCCUGAAGGUUGCUGCUGGAAUAUUCAAAACUCUCAAGGAGGUCCACAUUCCUCGCCUCAUCACCCCGGCUGAAAAGGGCAGAGAUCUGGAGCCCAGAGUGAUGGAUGCGUAUAUCAUCCAGUGCCAAGCCGAAGCACAAGAAGUGACGAUUGCCAGAGCCAUCGAACUGAAGCACAAUGCCUCACUGAUUGCAGCUUUGGCCUAUGAGACGGCGAACUUCUAUCAAAAAGCUGACCACACGCUCAACACUUUGGAUCCAGAGUACAGCAGCAAGUGGAGGAAGUAUCUGCAGCUGAAGCAGCACUUCUACAUGGCUUAUGCGUUCUGCUACCAUGGCCAGACACUGCUGGCCAGUGAUAAAUGUGGAGAGGCUAUCAGAUCGCUGCAGGAGGCAGAAAAAUGUUACUCCCGUGCAGAGGCGCUGUGUAAAGAGUAUCGUCAGACCAAAGGCCCGGGCUCCACAGCCAAGCCGUCAGAGCAGCUGUUCUUCCUCAAGCUGGGCGCGCUCAUUAAAACCACGCUGGAGAAGUGCCAGAGGGAGAACGGCUUCAUAUACUUCCAUAAGGUCCCUGCAGAGCCUCCCCAGCUGGAGCUGAAGGCCAGCUAUGGUCUGGCUGAGCCGGUCCCCUUCGAGCUGCCUCCUCUCAGUGAGCAGUGCACUCCUGAGGUGUACGCCACCUUCGACCUGACCAAGGGAGCCAAAAAUGACAAGGCCAAACCCAAGGAUGAGGAGGUGAAGCCGGUGAAGGAGCCUGAUUUGAAGCCCCAGAAGGACACAGGCUGUGUCAUCUCCUAAAGACUCCAUCCAGAAAGCCUCAUGCUGAAGUAUCGUUGUUCAUAAAGACAGCAUCCGUUUAUCUUCCUCCAUAGGAAACGUAUUUUUUCCACUAUUAAUCCAUGGUGUUUUACAUUUAUGCUGAAACAUGUACAUUAUGUUUGGAUAUGAUCCACUACCAUAACAAUCUAGAGGUCUGCCUCAUGGAAAAUCUGCGACCGAUGGUAUACUAGGCAGGCCCAGAAGCUACUCCCGCCUCCGUUCUUCAACCUGCAAAAGAUGGCAAGUUGAAGAUUAGGUGCAAAAAAGGGCCAUGUCAUUAGAUUUUUAUCUGGAGUUGAAUUGGAGAUGUGCAGUGAGUUUGUUGCUUUCUAAUGGCGUAUUUUCGGAUUAAAACAACUGUUACCAGACGCAGUUUUUCCCCAAACUGCAGCGACACUCCCUGGGCUUCACAGUGUCCACAACAGUAAAUUCUGUAAACCACAUAAAUACCAGACCGAUGAGUUAAAACAGUCACAUGGUCCUAGCUAGCAAAGACCUGUGAGCUGCGUUGAAUUAAGAGAAACAAGGCUCAUGGGUUCUGUUCAGUAACAAUGCGACAUGCUGAAAGAAUCCAGAAUUUCAAUCUUAAGAGAAGCACUUGUCGCAGUCCAAACAGCUAUAAAAUAUGUGUUUGGAACAUUUAGCACCACAAAUGUAGCUUAUCCUGAAUGAGUAAAUGCAUUCGUACAAUCCUUCAAAGUACUACCUGAAUACAGUCAGAUUAUCAGAGCUAUAACAUCAUACGAUCAUAUCUAAUCAUAGGAGAUCCAACAGACACUGGACUAGGUGUGGGGAUGAUGAACUGUCUUUGUUUUAGCUGUAGUAAUUUACAAUCUAUUUGAUUUAGAUCACAUAUGUGUCAUAGUUCCUUUUGUAUGUGACACAAAGUGGCUUUUCUCUACAUGUACCUUUCCUUUAAGAACAGAUUAUUAUUGCUAGAUAUAGCUAAACUUUACAUUGUGGCCACACGACUCUGACACAAAUGGCUAUUUAAGAUUAUUGAUUGGUGUUGGUUCUGUAACAUUUUAAGAGACAACCUGAAGCACUCAGACAGCAUAAGGUGCCGGUCGGCUCAAGUCCAAUGGUUCUGGUGGUGUUGAUUGUAAUGAUUAGGAAUCAGUCUGUAAUUACUGCAUACAAUGCUAACCCUGGAAGCUCAGUAGGUGUCGAUAGUUGACACCCUGUGCUGUGCGUACUGAGCUUGUAUUGGCCGAUUACUGAUGUCAAGGCACAACAAGGUUCCUACGGUUUAGUCCUUGUGAUGAGAUGCAAAAGAAUAUCCGGAGAUUUCUACAGCUGUUCGGUGCAUAGAGUGAUCCAGCAUUCUCCCUACCCCACCUGUUGAUAUGCACUGCUGGUCAGCUGGCUAAAAGGAUGCUGGUAGAAUUUAACCACGCUGAGAAAAACAACAAAUCUGGCUGCUGCUUUUUUUUUUUUUUUUCUGCUCGUGAAAAGCAUGGACAGACGAACUAAAGGAGCACCACUAUUCUGUAAAGCUACAGCUAGCAAGCUACCACCAGCGUGUCCUGUUUGACAGACCAGAUCAGCAACCAGGUCUGUUUCCUGCAAUAAGCAAACUACUACUAAAUUAUUUGGGUGUCUAUUCAAUAUUCUAUAUUUUUCCUUAUGUCUCAUGUAUUAAAAUACUAUUAAAUGUUGCAGGUAACAUUAAUAAAACUGAAUGCAGAAAUUAUUUAGAAGCAGGAGAAAAUGUUUUGCUUUAUAUCAAAUCAGUGAUCAUGUCAUUUUUGUUUGAAAUUGUACGUUUGUAAAUGUAAGUAUGAGUAAGCAUGAAAACGGUAUAUUUUAGUCACGCUGGUCAUGCAGUGAGGUUCUUUUAUUCCAGCCCAUGCCUAGUAUUGAAGGGCCCUUAAAGACAGAGCGAAAGAUGCUUUAAGAUUCAACUUCUAUCUGCCUCUCUAGUAGUUUUAGAUCAUCCUGAAGGGCCACUUGAUAGGACUCGCUCCAGCUGUUUGAUAUCUGCCACUUUGACAAUUAAAUCUGAUGAAAUUAAUUCUGAACUGCUGGAAACCUGUAUAGACUGUAUCAUUUUGCUUACAUGCACUAAUUUAACCCACUUGUAUAUAUUUGCUUGCCUAAAUUAACAUCUCUUUCUUUUUAAAGUGGAGCUGGUUUAGACAGAUGUGAAGUUCAUUGCGCUUGGAGCACUUGAUUUGUUUUUUGAGGCACUGCAGGAGCGGGCCCAGUGCUAACCGUGCGCAGCCGUUCUUCAUGGGGGUGCUACGCCAUCGCUGCAGUGUCGACUCCUUCUUCGUUCUCUGAUGUGGUGUCCUUCAUGUAACAUGUAACUCAUAUGGUAUUAAAUAAGUCUAAAAACUCC